GUACCUACUGUGUCUAUCUCUAAGCUUAGCCAUGUUAGCGAUGAAUCCAGAAACGUCUGAAGCUGUCACCACGCCGCCCUCGACGCCGGGUAUGGUCACGUGGAAAGUGGAGAGUUCGGGGACACCUACUGUCUCUUCUCAAGAUCUUGAUGUAACUGGAGGGUUCACACCGGAUGUUGGCGAUCAUGACUACACGCAACAAGAAGAACUUGAUGAAGAAUGGGACAUCACUACAAUACACUCUGUUUCUGGUGGUACAAGUUUAGAAAAUACAGGUCCGUGGUCUUGGUUUCCAGUUCGUUGGACAUGGGCCGCAAUUGGACAGCUGGUUGUUGGAGUCAUCGGCAUCAUUGGAAACCUCUUGGUAAUCACUGUUCUUUUUCAGCGGAGAGCCAAUAGUCGAUCUACUGAUACUCUCAUAGGCGCACUUGCUGUGGCGGAUCUCCUGACUUCGGUUGGGUUGCUUCGAUUUGCUAUACCACAUGCUAGAACAGUCCCGGUAUCCUGGCUCGGACAGAUCUACUGCAGAAUCAUCUGGUCGCCUCUCUACAUGUGGGUGUGGGCCUACAUGUCAGGAUUCGUGCUGACUGCCAUCUCUGUUGAGCGUUACAUCGCGGUCACCCACCCGAUCUACUUCAACAGGAUCUUGACCAGACGGCGAGUAUCGGAGGUGGUUGUCAUUAUAUGGAUUUGCGCAGUAAUGGCCUGUAUUCCUUCUGUCUUUAUUACCGGUGUCGAUCAGGUUAAUCGUCGAUGCAUAGUUAAGAGACUGUCUCCUGAUGUUCAGACGGCAUACGCUUUUUAUGUGACAAUUGUUCAGUUGUUCAUACCAGCCAUCAUCAUGGCCGUUACCCAAACCUUAAUUGCCAUCAAGCUCAAUGCCCAGUCGAAGCGUUUUGAAGGUUCUAAGUCGUAUCACCUUGCCGCCAGCAGGGCAAUCAUCAAAAUGAUGCUCACUGUCAUCAUUGCCUAUAUCAUUUGUUGGACACCAAAUCGAUUUCUCCUUUUGAUUACAACGUUGUUCCGUAUUCAAACCACGACGAAAAGAAGGAUUUCCGAGGGCUUCGUUGUUCUAGCUGCCAUCAAUUCCAGCAUCAAUCCGCUCAUCUACAGCAUCCGUUACCAGGAGUUCCGCCAGGCCGUCAGGGACUUGUUCGUCGGUGGCAAAGUACGAGGUAAAGCGAUGUUCGAUACUGAUAUCAACACAGCCUCUACGAACGAUGGUACUGCUUAGAAUCGCAGUCAAUCGGCCUUUCACCCCUUUGUCUCAUUUUACAUCCUGUUGUUCGUUCAAAAUUAUUUAGUUUCAAAUAGAAACAUAUUUUGCUCAGUCGUUACGAUCACUCGCGUACAUCUAAUAGUUUCUUCAUUGCAAUGCAUUUUUAGUUGGCGGAUCCAGGAGAAGCUGAGUGAUCAUGGCCUCCUAUUAAUGCCC